UCUAUUUAUGUAUUGUGAAUACAACACUGGAUUUUUACUUUUCUAAUCCUAACAGAAUUUCGGAGAAUUUCCAACAAUCGGACUGCAGAAAAAGUAAAAGAUAAUAGACAAGGGUAAUAUUUGUGGCAGGGCUUCUAAUCUAUUUAUCAAUAAAGCGAGAGCAUGUGAAUUAUAUUAUGCUAUAGUUUCUGAAGACAUUAAAAAUUUAAGUCACCCACUGGACGAAAGAAGAGUUGUUGCAGUGCAGUUCAAGGUUUGUGGUUCCUUGUAUAGAAAUUUUACAGACUAAAUUAAAGGAUCGUAUACACUAUAUUCCGAGUAAUUGAAAUUAUAAUAAAUGGAACCUUCGUGUACGUUUCAUCCCUGCGAUGAAGCUGUAAUUGCAACCAAUGAUGAUGCAAGUGACUGUAAACGGUGUGCAGUUCGAUUGGGUUACUGGAAGGAUGACUAUAUAGGAUAUUUUGUGCGAAAUCAAGAUCGAAAAGCCCCAGAAAUUAACAGAGGCUAUUUCGCUCGAGUGAAAGGUGUAGAAAUGUGUAUAGAAAGAUUUCUUAAGAAAACCGAUGGAAACUGUCAAAUAAUAAAUUUAGGCUGCGGUUUCGACACACUUUAUUUUCGUCUAAAGGAUACAACACAUCAAGUAAAAAAUUUUAUUGAACUCGAUUUUCCAACAGUGACAGCUCGAAAAUGCUACACAAUUAAGCGCAAUAAAGCUUUGCUGGCGAAAAUCCAUGACGAAGAUGGUGAAGUUCGACUUAGCACCACUGACUUACACGGUCCCAAUUACCAUUUAAUGGGUGUCGACCUGCGCAAUCUUGAUGAAUUAGAUAAUAAGUUGCAACAAGCUGAAAUUGAUUAUAACCUUCCUACGAUAUUUCUUGCCGAAUGUGUGUUAGUUUAUAUUGAAGCGCAAAAUUGCAAGAAUUUGCUCAAAUGGAUUGCUGCCAAAUUUAGUACGGCAGUUUUUGUUAACUACGAGCAGGUCAAUAUGAAUGACAGAUUCGGAGAGGUUAUGCUAAAUAACUUGCGGAGCCGCGGUUGUAGUUUAGCAGGUGUUGAGUCGUGCAUUUCUUUAGAUACCCAAAUAGGAAGGUUUCUUGAAUGUGGUUGGAGUGGAAGCCGAGCUUGGGAUAUGGUGCAAAUUUAUCAAAGCAUAUCACCUGCUGAAAGACAACGGGUGGAAAGACUGGAGAUGCUAGAUGAAGGUGAACUACUUACUCAAUUAUUUCAACAUUAUUGCUUGGUUAUCGCCUGGAUAGGAGAAUUGUUUCAAGAUAUUGAAAUAACAGUGGAAAAGCGCAUGUCAUCACUGAACAUUGAUUAAUUUAACUCUCGUUUAUGUGGAGUGGCCCAGAAAUAUUCAGUUAUCUGUGAACUACAUACAGACCAGUGUGAAGCUUUGUAAGGAGUGAAGAAAGUCGACAAGAAUUAUAAUCAUGCGAACAUUAAAUUAACAGCAGCUGUUAUUUUUUAAAGUUAUUUUUAUUGUAAAAUAAAAAGUUUGAUAGAUAUUUGUGUAUUCUAAAAAUUGAGUUAUGAGAAUGAUGUUUUUGUUCUCAAUAUACCUAAAGGUAAAAAAGUUUUCUAUGUAAUUUACUUGUAUGUAAAAAAAUUUGAUAAACGAUACACAAAUAACUAAAUUAUUUAUAUAUUUCUAAGUGUUUUUUUAGUUUAAACCUCAAUUUUCUAUAUUCCUCCAUUCAAGAAAUUAAUCUGAGUGUUUUUUGGUGGUUAUCACGAUUCUAAAUAAACCUAUGGAGGAAUUUAAACUAAAAA